AUGUCCGCACAAGUAUCUUCUCCUUUGACCACCACCAGCCAGCAUCAUCACCACCAACAUCAUGGAAACGACUUCUCCGUUAACUCCGAAGCUAUCAAACAGCUCCAAAAGACUGGGUAUCCUCUCAAUAAGAGUUUUGUGUUUAGGAAUUGGGCGAACAUUUACAAAAUUAAACCACAAUUUGUUCAUCAUCCAGAGUCGGAGGAAGAAAUUCAAAGAAUUGUCAAAGUUGCUACAUUUAGAAAAGAAAAAAUCAAAGUGGUUGGAUCUGGACAUUCUCCUUGCGACAUUACACUCACGAAGGAUCACAUGAUUUUUCUUGACAAGUAUUCAAAAUUUUUGAAUGUGGAUACUGAAAAGUUGACUGCAAAAGUUCAAGCGGGUGUUACUAUUGAACAACUUAAUAAGGAACUUUAUCAUAACUACAACAUGGCUCUUCCCGUGUUGGGUUCUAUUUCAUUUCAAACAAUUUCUGGAAUUAUUUCUACUGCAACCCAUGGUACUGGAAUUAAUUUUGGAUGCAUCUCGACGAUUGUCAUUGAAUUAGAUGUUAUUCUACCUACGGGUGAAACUAUUACUGUGAAAAAGGGUGAUGAUAAUUUUAAUGCAUUCGUUUGCUCACUGGGUUGCUUGGGAAUCAUUUCUACAGUGACCAUUCAGUGUGUUCCUGCAUUUUCCUUGAAAGCAAUUCAAGAACCAUCCAAUCUUGACAACGUGUUAGAUAAUUUGGAAAAUCUUAUUGGUAGUAGUGACCAUUGGAGAUUUUGGUGGUUCCCUCAUACCAAGAAUGAUAAGUGUGUAACCAAUAGCGCCACUAGAAUUCCAAUUCAAUCGAGUAAGACCUUUGUUGGAGACUCUGAUAAGAUUAGUUUCUUUGGAAAGAUCAAGAACUUUUUCGUGGAUCGUUUGUUGGGUUUCUAUUCAUUGGAACUUGCCUUAUUUAUUUCAAAGUUUUUCCCCCCCCUUGUUCCAUGGAUUAAUAACACAUGGUUUUCCUUACUAUUCAGCACCAAAACUGAAGUGACAGAUGUGAGCUUUAAAGUGUUCAACUUUGAUUGCCUCUUUAAACAAUUUGUGAAUGAAUGGGCUAUCCCUAUUGAAAACACCAAACAAGCGCUGUUACAAAUUCGUAAAAUGAUACAAGACUCCAAACAUAAUGUUCACUUCCCAGUUGAGGUACGGUUUGUGAAAGCUGACGAUAUUUGGUUAAGCCCUUGCUAUGGAAGAGAUACCUGUUAUAUUGGCAUUAUCAUGUAUAGACCUUACGACUUGACAAUUCCUUAUCAAAAAUAUUUUGAAGAAUACAACAGCAUCAUGUUGAAAUUGGGAGGACGACCACACUGGGCCAAAUUAGAUUUCAAAUUGGACUUUGCAGACAUGUAUCCUAAAUGGCAAGAUUUUAAGAAUUUGAGGCAAUCAUUAGACCCAAAUGAUGUAUUUUCUAAUGAUUAUAUCAAAAGAUUAGAGUUGUAA